AUGAAAUACCUAUGCAAAAUAACAUUUGUAGGUUUUGGAUUUGAUUACUGGAUUGGAGGUACAAAACUAAUUGAUGAUCGCAAAUGGGUGUGGUUUAAUUAUGGAGAAGAAAUUGGGUACGCAAAUUGGCAGACUGGUCAACCUGACUUUCCUAAUGUCGAAAAAUGUUUACAAGUUUGGAAAGUAGGAGAAAAGUUGGAAUGGAACGACAGGACGUGUGAAAAUUCGUUGAGAUUCAUUUGUGAAAGAUACAGAACUAAUGCAAGAUGGUUCGAUGCAGUAGAUUUCUGUAGAAAUAUUAAUAUGAAACUGUUGUCCAUCGGAUCUCAUGAAGAAAAUGAACAGAUUUACAAAUAUAUCAGAGAAGCAAGCAAAGGUUUCGAAUACUGGACCGGAGGCACCAGAUUGAUCGACGGCCAAAAAUGGGUAUGGUUCCCGUAUGCAGAGGAAAUCGAUUACACUAACUGGGGUAACGGACAACCCAGCGAUCCCAAUGGCGAGAAAUGUCUGCAAGUUUGGAAACAGAACGAAAAAUUAAUGUGGAACGAUAGGCCUUGCGAUGUCCAAUUUCACUUUAUUUGCGAGAGAUACGAUCAAGAAAACCAGCGUACACCACAUAUUUAAAUUUUAUAAAAUUUUUAUUAUAUGUUGUUAUAAUGUCGUUCAGUAUUUUUUUUUAAUCGAGCUUGGCCAUGGUAAUUUGACACAUUUCACAUAUUCGCGAUUCAAAUUAAUUUUCGCGCGCCCGUCAUUUGUCAGGAUAUUUGUUUAUUAACAUUGUAUUUGUGUAUUUAUUGCCAAUAAAAUGAAUUUUUUUUUCUUCAUUCCUUUAGCUGCAUCCCUACCCAACUUUUUUUCUUAAAUGCAAAGCUAUGUUGUAUGUAGGGUAAUUGAAAACCUCCAUAUCCUUUUUUUUACUUUUGUUGUCAUUGGGAAAUGAGAAAAGUUUACUUUUAAAAACAAAAAAAAGUUACAAAUACCUUUUUAGUGCUAUUGACAGGUGAAUUAACGUAGCAGAUGUUGAAAAUGUCCACCAACCUGUACUUAACAGGCUCCCAGGCGAUGGUAAAACCCAUCUAUGGAAUUCAAAAUACCCUCAGCCGGUAUAUUAUUUGAUUCCAUUCUAAUUUUGUUCUUUAGAUCUUCAAUAUUAGCCGUCCUAUUUUGAUAAACCUUGUCUUUUAGAUAUCCCCAAAUAAAGUAAUGGCGUUUAGUCUGGGGAUCUUGGUGGCCCUUCAAUUGUACCACGUCGUUCAAUCCAGCGUCCUGAAAAUAUUUCAUCGAGAUAUUCUCUGCCAUUAAUACCAAAUUGUGGGGGAGCACCGUCCUGUUGAAACCAUAGUGUUUCACUGAGGAUAUAUGAAUCUACUUUGUUGGAAAACAUAACAGCUAGAGCAGGUACUAAUUCAAAUCUUAAAAAGUCUAAGUAGGGUACAGCUAUAAGGUUUUUCUAAAAAAAGUAUGUACCUAAUAUUUCGUUGUUGAUGAUUCCUGCCUAUACAUUUACUUUCUGAUGACGCUGCGUAUGCGCUUCACAUAACAAGUGUGGGUUUUCCUGACUCCAGAAAUGAUAAUUGUGCCUGUUAACUAUUUCAUUUAAGUAAAAAAUAGCUUCAUCCGAAAAGAGUAUAUUCAGUGGAAACCCAUUAUUCUCGUCAUACCGCCUCAUCUUUUCCUCACAAAAUUGCAUACGCUUAUCAUAGUAAUUUAUUUGGUUGACAAAAU